AUGUCGACCAAGAAACUCAUCACCUCUGCUCAAGGCUACCUAGCCAAAAGUAAUGUCUUCUUCAUGGAUCAGAAGACGAAAGCUAUCCGAGUGUAUAUCACCCAAGAGGAACCAGAGGUUGAGGAUGAUAGCGCCAAGAACUACACUCAAGACUUUGUCACUGUCGACGUUCCAGACAGCAACAAACCCCAGAGAAUCACUGUCACCUCUCCAGACAUGUCUGCCAUUGCUUGGCAAAUUGGCGAUGAUCCUGGUACGACCAAUACCAGGCUGUACUACGCCGAUGCAGACAAUACUUUGCAAGAGUUGUGUCGUGACACUGACAAAGCCACCUGGUAUCGUGGAUCUCUUGGGAAUACCGUGCGGGUGAAGUGCAUGCAGGAUACACCAAUUGAUGCUCACAUCAAUUACUCAAGUCAGCAGCUCAAAGUCUAUUCAUACAGUCCAGAGAAUACGACUACGCCGACAGUCACUUGGACCACCGUGAAUCAGACGAACUGGCAGUCUAAGCUCAUUGUCAAGUAG